CACAUUUGAUGUAAACUAUGUUUUCUGAUGGCGUUCACUCAAUCAUUGCAGCUGUCCACCAUCCUGGAGCUGCUGGAGGGUUCCUUCUAUGGGAUGGAUCUACUGAAGCUGCACUCUCUGACGAAUAAGCUCCUGCAACGAGUGGAUCACAUCGAGAAGGCGGUGUCUGUUGGCCAAGCAAAGACUCAAGGGAGUCCUGUAUUAAAAAUGAAAGUAACUGAAAGCCCAGCUACUCCUCUUCCUCAGCCACAUCAGGAGGAGAGAUUUGGUGAUGUUAGUAAGGCGGCAGCUUACCACUAUCCAGAGGAAAGAUUCAAAGAAAAGUUUACGACGGAAAAUCCAGCCACUCAAAAGCCCGUUGGCUCUGAUAGGAUCGCUGAGAUCAAAGUUCUAAAUACCACGGCCAACAAAGAGGAUUCUCAGGUGUCGAAGGCUGGAUCUAAUGAAAUGAUCAUCAGAGGGAUGACUUUUUAUAAAUCUGAGCCUGAUGCUGUGGAGCCAGACCCCAUGGUGGCAGAUGACGGAGAGCCUGGCGAGAACAUGUUUGAAUACCAUGAAUUCAGCGGAGACGGCUCCAUCAACCUCUUUAUUGAAGAGAAUCUCCUUCGUCAUCAAGCCACUCGGCCCAGGACACGAACUUGGUUGAGAUCAUUUAGGCCGAAGUCCACUGAUCCUGUACCCAAGAGGAACACCCCGUCUUUAAAACUAAAGGAAACAAAGCCCAUCUUAACGUCUCAUAAUGAGAUCAUUAGUGAUAGUGGAAUCAAGUCCUUGGAAGUGUCUGCAGAGGUGGCCACAGCGAGAAGCGUUAAAGCUGGACCAACCAGUACUGCAAACAGUUUACAAAUCAAAAACCGGGAACCUCUGACAGAUUGGCCCGUUCCCAUGACAACAGCUCCAGGAGCUUCCUCAACUAUCAGCCCACCUGAAAACACCAAUCAAACUAAACUGAGUCCAACCCAACCCUCCAACAGGCCAGACAUGAAGGAAACGGUAGAACCGUUAUCCAAGGGAUAUUCUCCCAUCUCCAAGAUGGAAACCACAAGCUUUGAGCUCAAAGAUCAAAAGCUGACAACUUCAGAUCUAAACUCCAUGGCAGAGGCUCAAACCAUGAGCCGGCCAUCUGCUACAACUAUUACCCCCUCACCCUCAGCUCCGGCACAUCCCACAAUGUAUUCCACCUCAGUGCACAGCAACGCAUCAACACUGCAAGAGGAAACUACUCCCACCCACUCAUCUGAUCCCACUUUACCUGGUGACAUGGCUCUACGCACCAUCACAGCUGUAACCCGCUCCCCUAAAGUCACCAGCACUCCCAGACUGACUGCUGCAGUCAAAAGGAAAUACAAAAUUAGCUGGGAAGAAGAAGAUGUGGGGGCAGAAAACCUCGACAUACAACAACCAAUGCAAAACCAGAAGGAAUCAACUUCAAGAAAAACUGGGGAAUGUAAGGACACUUUGGCAAGUAUAUCUGAGCCAAUCACUCACAACACCUAUGGUAGACCUGAGGGAGCUUGGAUGAAGGAUCCCAAAUCCAAUGACGAGAAGAUCUAUGUCACAAACUUCCAUUAUGGGAAUAACCUUCUGGAGUUCCAGAAUCUGGAGGUUUUCAAACGAGGCCGUUUCACCAACUCCUACAAGCUCCCCUACAACUGGAUCGGCACCGGACACGUGGUCUAUGGUGGGGCCUUCUACUACAACCGGGCCUUCUCCCGCGACAUCAUUAAGUACGACCUGCGGCGGCGCCAAGUGGCUGCCUGGACUAUGCUGCAUGACGCAGUGUUUGAGGAGUCCUCGUCACCAUGGGAAUGGCGCAGCCACUCGCACGUUGACUUUGCCGUGGACGUUAGUGGGCUUUGGAUCGUCUACCCGGCACUGGAUGAAGAGGGGUUCUUACAGGAGGUGGUCAUCCUGAGUCAGCUGAACCCCAUAGAUCUCAGCACUCAAAGGGAGACCACCUGGAGGACUGGGCUUAGGAGGAACAACUUUGGGAACUGCUUUGUCAUUUGCGGAGUCUUGUACGCCGUGGACAGCUACAAUAAAAAUGAUGCCAACCUGGAAUAUGCCUUUGACACACACACAAACACUCAAAUGAUUCCCAGGAUGCCCUUCAUCAACAACUACACCUACACCACCCAGAUCGACUAUAACCCGAAGGAAGGGGUUCUGUACGCAUGGGACAAUGGACACCAGGUCACAUACAACAUUACUUUUGCUUAUGUAGAUCCUUAAGAGCCUUUUUGUCUUUUUUGUUUUUUAUAUUUUUGAAUGGAUUGUAGAUCAGUCCACAAUGGCCACAGAAAUGAGACAAACGAGGCCAAAUGUACAGAUAUACUUAGUGUUUACAUUGUUUAUAUUAAAGUUUACAUUUUGUAUAAAUAGAUUAACCUUCAAUAUUUGUAUCAUGUUUCACUGAGAACUGUCUUAUGCCAAAUGAUUGAAUUGCUUCAUGCUUUGUCAGGUGAAAACCCCAGACAAGCAGAUAAUUAUAAAGAGAAUGAAAAUAAUACAUGCCUUUCACAUUUUCUUUUAACCAAUAAAAGUUUUAAUGGUACUGUUUA